UAACUCCCACUAAAUUAUUAAAGUUUUGGUUUAAAUUAUACAUCAAAAUUUGCUUGCAUAUUCAAUUUAUUGAAUACUAAUAGAGUUUAUUAGUAUUUACCCUCUCGAAUACUUGUCCACGUUGACCUAGCCUAACUACUGGAGGCUGUAAGAUACACACCCUUAAAAGUUUUGAAUGAGUAGCUAUGGUGUUGCAUGAUAACUGAAAACCAUGGAUUCUGAACCCGAAAGUCCAGAAAAUGGUACAUUGUCAGAAGAAAUUGCCAAUUUACCGCAAUCACUGGCAUUUACCGUCCAUUUUGACAAUGCCAAACCUGCUGGUGAAACAACGAAUAAAUUUGCUAGAAGACAUAUCAGAAAUUUAUCUCUGCCUAUUUCAAAAGUUUAUGAAAACAAGGUAAACAAUGACAGUCCUGUGAAUGGAAGAGCCACUCGUAAAGCUGGAAACCAUUCAGAAGGAUAUUUCUCCAGUGAUCCUGAAGAUGAUUCUAAACCAAAGCUGUUUGAGAUGAAGUUGAAACACACUGAUGGUAAAGGUGGCAAGUCGACCAAUGCGGCGCAGGAGAGACGAGGAGAGGCGGAGGUGAUGGUGGGGGCCGGGGAUGAGCAGGACGAUGACACAAGCUCCGACGUAGUCAGUGAGACCGGCACCUACACCAUUGACAAGGACAGCCCCGAGGUGACUACGGCUAGGAACAACAUCGAUACUGUCUUCGGAGUGCAGAGUCAGACGGUGGAGGUGAAGAAAAACCAGGUCAAUUCCACUCACACCAAAUCUACCAAGGUCACGCAAUGGUUAGAGCACUCUACCAUCACAACAAAAACAGACACAACGAGUAUCAACCUGAGCAAGAUCCCGUCCCCAGUCAACAUGAGAUCUCGGCUGCCACUGGUGGCUCCUGUGAAGGAACAUGAGCCUCUCAGGUCCUGUCUCAACCGCAAGUCGUACCCGGCCGCAGCUCAGGAGCUGACAACGCCGGAGCCGGAGAGAGACAAGUGGGCCAAGGAGACAGAACGGACAAUCUCAGUGUUACAAGCCAGGGUAUCGCAGUCACUGGACUCUGGUGGUGAGAGUGACGCCGAGAACAGUUUGCAUCAUGUAGCGGAACGGAGAGACUCCGGGGGAGGUCUGCGGUACAACAGGAGUGUCAGUUUACGAAGAGAAAGGCUACAAGAGCCCAAGAAAAAUAGUACAUCCUCUUUGUUUACAAACAAAACUAAAGAUGUUCCUGCCAAAGCGAUUCCUCCGAGAGUGGUGAAGCGAAUGUCGGAUCCACCGCCCAGCUCGGCUCCUGUGUCUACCUUUGCUCGGACCGACUGUGGCCGCUUUAGUAUGAGAUCUCCUCGACCACUCCAUCAGGCCCCUGUAACAGCGCCGACCAUCAAGAAAGAACCCGUUAGGAAGCUAAGCAUUGGGGGAGGUAGAAGCAACUCAACCUUGUCUUCCAAAGAAAAGGAAUACCAGAAUUGGAAGAAACGCAAAAGCUACGAUCCGAUGAAAGCAGCUGCCGAGGGUAAGAAGAAGGAAGCAGCGAAAAAACAGGUUCCAUCAGCCAUGACUCAGUCUACCAACUCUACCAUCACGACACCUAAGAGUCCUGUGAACCCCGUGUUGAGAUCCGCUUCCUUCCACGGCACUCACCAGUUGACAGCCUCGUCUUCGGAGGAGGAAGAAGAAGAAAUCACACUUUCCAACGAAGAUGAAGACUGGCCAGUACUACAGGUUCCAAGGAGUUCCUUAGAGAACACUCCUCAAGGCAGCCGUGUCUCCUUGUACAGCAACACUUCCAACUCCCCCACCCCUCCGUUGCGCAACAGGCCAAAACUUGAGGUGACAAAACCAGUAUUUAUAAAAGUGAAGGGUCGAGCAGACAGUGAGGGUGUUGACACACUGGUGAUCAGCGCGCUGGCUGGACUCUCUAGCAAACUCAAGGGCAACUCUUGCAGCUUACUCAACAAGCUAAGGUUCCUGUAUGAUGAGGACAGUCCCAAGAACCAUCAGUUGAGUGCCAUGAUUGACCAGCUGGAGGCCAGUGAGCCAGGGUCGCCUCAAGUCAAGAGUCCGUCCCGGGAACUGGCCACCACCCUCAGGAAUCUUAAGAGGCUGGAAUCCAUGCUCAAAGUAUUGGACAAUGUACUCUUUGACGAAGAAGAAUUUCAGUAAUGACUGUUGUUGUUCAACAACAUAUUUUACGUUCAUAACGGAAGUCAUUUUAAGCGAAUUAAAGCCUAAGUAUUUUAUAUUCGGUGUACAGACGAAGAAACGAUUGUUUUUAUGUUUUAUUAGCUUUAAGUUACCUACUUUCGUACUGUGAAGUUUGAUUUGUUAAGUUUCAAGCUUUAUGUAAAUACAUAAGGGGCAUGUACUAAAGUCUUUAACUGUGAAUAUGUAGGAUAAGUCGCUGAAUGUGAUUUUUGUACAUGAACAGGUAAGUUAUAAUAUAGAACUGUUUGUAUUUAAAUAGCUUAAUGUUAACGUUAUUGAAAUCAAAGUCUGUUAGUGAUACGUGUGCUACGUUACAAUCCUUCCAUUUCACCUGUACAGUAUUAGGUGGUUGUAGUUUUGUUUGCUCAGGCUAUUCAAUACAUCGUUCUUUUUAAUCAAUAGAAUUUUAUCAUCACAGCUUUAAAGUCGAAAAUUGGAUUGAUAUUUUAUUUACAACCUUCACCAGUUCAACCACUUUAAUAAAUGUUAUAAUAUGUUUGUUAAUAUGAAGCUUUUAACGAGAAGCAUGAUUGUGUAAUGCCAAGUACCUUAAUUAUUAGAAAAGGCUAAAUAGAAAAUAGAUUGAGUUAUUCCAAAUACAGGUAAAUAAGACCUAAAUAACCUGAAUAUUUUUCCAUAAGCUUUAAUUCCUUGUUACUAAGAAAAUAAGAAAUUUAUUCAUUUUACAAGUCUCCUAAAACUUACAUUGUCGGUCUUAUGAGUGUUUUUACUUAUUAGAUCAUAUUCUUACCAUAAUCCCGAAUAUAUUAGCUUUAAAUGUAGUGACAGAAAUUGAAAACUUUAGUCAAUUGCAGUUUUAUUUUUGCACAAAGUUUUGUGAUUAUCGAUUUUGGCGUAGCCCGAUGGCACAAAAGUUUACUUAGCAUAUUUCUUCAUAUGAAAUUUUUAAUUUUUUUCCACAAUGUGUAUAGGCCUACUUAAGUUGAAUUUUAAAUAUUUUUUAUGUAACCUAACAAAACUACGCAAUAGAGCCUGAAUGGAGAUGAAGUCAUUGGUACGUAGUAUACUAUUUAUUGUAGUAUAUUAUAAUCGACUUCAUAAAAACCUUUUUUCCUCCGCAUAGUUUUACUGUUGUA